GCUAAUCACCCAUUGUCAUCAUGCAUACACAUGCUACAACACUUGUCCUUAACCUUCACCCCUCUUUGAUCACCUGAAGCCUGAAGAUGGUUGUUUCUUUUCCUGCAUCGUGUAAGAGAAAAUCUGGAGAAAGAAAAAUGGAGUACGGUGGCGCACCUCUGUCUCUGUCUCUCAUCGAUCACUCAUUCAUUUGACUCUCUCGCUCGUUUUGGCCUUUCCAAUGCUUCACAGUUCACACAGAGCCACAGAGAGGCCUCGGGCCAGAGAGCUAGCCAGGGUCGUCACUCUGGCCAGUACAGUAGACUAGACUGUGCGUGUGGCCUUCUUUUACCAGUAGCGCGUGCUGCCGCUGCCCAGCUUGCACUGUCCCUCACACUCUCACUCCACUGCCACACGCAAACCCAGCUCGCCAUGGCGCCUCGCUUCUUCGUGCCUCUGCCCCUCGUCGUCGUCCUCCUGCUCGCCGCCUCCACCGCCCACUCCCAAUCCCCAGCCGCCGCGCCAUCCACCUCCUCCCCCAACUCCGGCGCCGCCAUUUCCCCUUCUCCAGCCACCUCCGCCGCUUCCCCUCCAACAACCUCUUCCCCAACCGCCCCUUCUCCUUCUUCUUCCUCCUCCAAGAAGAACCCGAUCUCCACUCCCCCCGCGGCGCCCCCCUCGAAGCCCAGCACCAAGAUCACCUCCCCUGCCCCGGCCGCCGCUCCGCCUACCCCAGCCAGCUCCCCUCCGCCCGCAUUGCCGCCCCCGGCCACCGCGCCCGCGCCUGCGCUAUCGUCUCCUCCGGCGCCGGCGCCAGUAGUUGCUGCCGCUCCAACGCCCACACUGCCGCCUGCGGUGCCGGCGCCCACGCCGGCAGUGUCGUCUCCGCCCCCGGCGGCGCUCGCCCCCGCGCCGGAAGUGUCGUCCCCUCCGGCGCCGGCGCCCGUCGUUCUCGCCGCCCCGGUCCCGGCACCCGCGCCGACGAAGAAUCCCCGGACCAAGACCAAGAAGAAGAGCCUCCCUCCCGCCGGGCCUCCGCUCUCCUCCGCUGCCGGCGCCGGCAGCGGCCUCGCCCCGGGUCCCGGCCCGUCGGCCGCCGACAUGUCGAGCGGCGCGGCCCCAAGAGGCUACACGGCGGCGAGGACCGGAGGCGCGACGAUGCUGCUGCUGCUGGUUGUUGCCGUCUCGCUGACGGUGGGACCUGCGCUGGCCUGAGCUGAGCCGAGCCGCCUGAGGAUGGCCGGUGGGGUCACCAUAUUCAGCCAGUCCUUGCUUAUUACUAUAGCUGCCACUUGUUAUUACCACGACUACCACUACUACCUACCAUUGAUCCCUCUGCUCUUACCUACUGUGCUGAUCCGCUCCUGUCUGUGCUGAUUUUUGCUUGGAUCUGUAAACUCUGCACUGCUGCUACUUCCUUAUUACUAUGAUUAUUAUUAUAACCAGCUUGUUAUUACCAUGGUCUCUAAA